AUGGACCAAGAUGCAUUAGCAGAACUUCUUUCCGAUACCACCGAGCCCUCUGACGUUGGUCAGUCCCAGCAACUGGACUCGCCCCUGCACAGCUAUUCUUUCGUCACAACGCAAAAUGCUCCAGGCUGCACCCAGCAGCAACGACUACUUUCCUCUCUGAAUGAUCAUUCACUUGUGAACCUGGUGAACUCGUACGAAGCCCCCCAACCUGCUAAACGCUCUUUGCUGGAACAUGAGUCCGAUGACGACGAACAAAACUGGGAUUCCAAUAUUUCCCACCUUUCUAGCCACCAAAACAACGUGAAUUUUGAUGUUAUCGAUGACGAGUCUCCUACUGUCGCAUCUCCGUCAAUUGUGGCUACCUCAGGAGAAAAUUCCGAUGACGAUCAGCCUAUCACUGAUGCACACCCUCGAGUGGCCUCAAACAUCAAUUUUGGUGACUACGGCCAAUACUUUUCCGAUAAAAAAGUACUCCAACAAGAUCGCGAUCAAUACAUGAAAAAGCUAUAUCAAAAUGCUUUAAAUGAUGGUAAGCCUUUCCCACCUGUUUUCAAAGAUUGCAUCAUCUAUAUCAACGGUCGCACAGACCCCGAUCGCUUGCAACUCCACCAAAAGAUCAUCCUGUAUGGCGGCCAAUUCAUGCACUUUCUGUCUGGUAAGACAAGCGUAACUCAUAUCAUUGCCAGCAACUUGACCGCUAAGAAACGGGUCGAAUUUCAAAAGUAUAAAGUUGUCACCCCCCAGUGGGUAACGGACUCAAUUGCAGCAAAUAAAAGGCUUCCUUGGCAAGAUUUCGCGCUGAUCACCGGAGAUGACGACCAAGGUAAGCUCAAAUUGACUAAAGCAAAGCCACCAAAAGGCGAACCUAAUGUCGAAGACAAAAACUCCGAAAAUACACUUGAUUGCAACCACCCAGACUUCUUGCGUAGUUUCUUUGCCAAAUCCCGAUUGCAUCACCUUUCUACUUGGAAAGCCGAUUUGAGGGCUCUAUUUUGUGAAAGAUAUCUAGAGCAUUCAAAUAUCCAAGGUAUCACUGAAAAUGAAAGUGUUGCUAUUUUUCACAUUGAUUUCGACUGUUUUUUCGCAACAGUCUCCGCUCUCAGCGAUCCAAGAUACCGGCUUUACGAAGACCCACUCGCAGUGGCACAUGGCAACAACAGUUCCGAAAUUGCAAGCUGUAAUUAUGUGGCACGCAGUUUUGGUGUAAAAAACGGGAUGUGGGUACGAUCUGCUCGUAGACUCUGUCCCAAAUUAGUGUGCAUGCCUUAUAACUUUGAACAAUAUGAGGUCAACUCCAAAUUGCUGUACCAAAUUUUAGCGGAGACACACUUCUUUGAUAUGAUUCUGCCGGUAUCCAUUGACGAAGCCAUCUGUGUCAAGAGGGUUAGCACCUUUACAGGUUUUCAUGAUGUGCAAGGUCAAUGCGAGAUGGUUACUCAGACCAUUAGACAACAAGUCUUUGAUGCAACCAAUGGCUGUACUGUGAGCAUCGGUUGUGGUCCUUCCCUUGUGAGCGCAAGGCUGGCACUGAAAGAUGCAAAACCAAACGGAAAACGCGUCAUCAUGAAUCUGACCAACGAAACUGAAUUAGAUAAUUUUCAGGCUAAAUUCCCGCUAAACGACUUGCCGGGCGUUGGUUUUUCUAUCGUGCACAAAAUUCGUCAACAGCUUUUUCCCGAUGCAUCUACGACCCCGACCAUCGGCGAUUUAAAAGCUAAAUCGACAUUGAAAUCAUUAACCUCCAUCUUGGGAACCAAGACGGGCCGCAAAAUACAUUUAUUCUUAUCCGCCAAAGACGACGAAGAAAAUAGCCGAAUUCUACGCAACCCCUUAGAUUUUUUCGCGAGGAAGUCCAUUUCGGUUGAUAUCAACUACGCUAUCAGGUUUGAUUCGAUUCACGAUAUUGACGACUUUAUUGACAGAGUAUGUGAGCAUCUAACAUCGAAAAUUCAUGAUCUUGGAAUGGUGACGCCUCAAGUGACCUUAAAAAUUAUGCGGCGGUGUGAACAUGCUCCGAUUGAGCCUGCCAAGUAUUUGGGAUCUGGCGAAUGCGAUACUUUCAGUAAAAGCAGCCGCUUUGGGAUACCUACAGAUGAGAUAGGUCUAAUCGCUACAGAAAUCAAAAGCUCCUUUCGAAUGCUAGCGUGUCCUCCCAAAGACUUGAGAGGUUUGGCGGUGCAAUUAAACAAGCUUGAAAUGAAGGCUACUAGAAAUUAUCAGAAGAAGCUACCUUUUGGCGAUGCUAUACUUACCGGUGAUUCUAAUAUCCCGGUGCUCAAGCCAAACGCAUUCCACUCAAUGCCUCGCAUUUUGAAGGAAGACGUUCGGUCUGAAUUCACCAAACGACAUCUACAAAUACCACCCUCGCCCACCCGAAAUCUGACCGUUUCCGUGUCACCAGUGAAGGAAUAUUGGGACAGGUUCGGUAAAUCAACCAAAGACAGUUUUAAACAAGAGCUGCCCAGCACUCUCGAUGAGGACUUUAUGAGAAACCUCCCACCGGAACUUCAACGGGAAAUAAAAAGAGAUCAUGCAAUCGUCAAAAAGACUCGAAAUUCCGUAAGGAAAGGAAAUGUCAUUAAAGACUACGGGACGACAAAUUCUCCUUUGAGCUUGAGGUCUACUUUAGAAGAGAUAGAGCAGUUUCAAAGUUUAGAACGUCCUCGCGACAUCUAUCAUUUGAUAGGAACUUGGAUUGAUCAGACGAUCACUGUAGGUCCACACGCAGAUGAUCUAGAUUUGUUCGAUCGCUAUUUGGAUAAGCUAGUUUUAAAACGCAAGACUAAUCGAGCUCUGCAAAUAGCUAGAACCAUGUCUUGCCGACUUGAAUAUCAUGCAGCCUUCACUAGCUCAGAAUCAAAAGGACGGCAAGAAUGGGAAGAGUAUCUAUUAAGGCGAAUGAUACCCAAGCUAAAUUCGAGCUGUUCAUUCCGAACUCCACAAGUGCAGUUCGAAAUCUAA